UCCGGAUGUCGCCCACCUCCGACCCUCUCCCAGUCGGAGGGCGGGAAAGAGGAAGACAGGUCCUUCCUCCAGCCGCGGGGCACCCCCUUCUCCCUACCCUGCCCUUCCCCGAGCCCUGCAGCCCCAGAGUGUAAAUAUCCAAGCCCGCCCUCUCUGCGCUCAGUGUCCCCAUCUGGGAUAGAGGCCGGGGUAGGGGUCGCGCUGGUGGUCUGGCAGCCUCCUCUGCAGGGGGAGGAGGGAAAGGGGAAAGGAGAGGAUGGGUGAUUGACGUGGACUUCGAGACAAGGUAGCCGUGUCCCCGCAGCAGCAUGGCCCAGGAGGAGGGUGGGAGCCUGCCCGAGGUGCGGGCGCGGGUCGGGGCCGCGCAUGGCAUCCCCGAACUGGCCCCAAAGCUCCACUUAUGACCGCGGGCUCCGGACUACGACCAGGAUGUGGCCACCCUGCAGUACCGUGCCCCCCACCUCGCAGGCCUCACACAAACCCUUCCAGGCCUGCCCCACAGUGCCCUGAUCCUGGACGUGGCCUGCGGCACAGGCCUAGUGGCUGCCGAGCUGCGGGCUCGAGGCUUCCUCCAGCUACAUGGGGUGAAUGGGAGCCUAGGGAUGCUGGAACAGGCCCGGGCCCGCGGCCUCUAUCAGCGCCUCAGCCUCUGCACCCUGGGCCAGGAGCCUCUGCCUGGCCCCGAAGGGACCUUCAACGUGGUACUUAUAGUUGGUGCCCCCAGUGACGGCCAGGUGCCCUGCAAUGCAAUACCUGAGCUCCUAUGUGUCACCAAGCCGGGUGGGCUGGUGUGUCUGACCACCAGGACCAACUCAUCCAACCUUCAAAACAAGGAGGCUCUGGAGGCCACCCUGGGCAGGCUGGAACAGGCUGGGGCAUGGGAGCACCUGGUGGGCUGGCCGUGGACUGCUGGGAGCUGGCUACCUCCGAGCUGGAGGUGGUAUCCGGCAUCUCUGCCAAAGAUGGCUUCAUCUUGGGCAUUGUCUACCUGUACCGAAAGCAGAAGGCGGCCCAGGUUGAGGAAGUGAGAUCCAGCCCCCAGCCCCUAGCUGGCCUCUAACUCCAUGUGGCCUUAGGUGGGCCCAUCUGCUGGGCCUCCUCUGCCUCCCCUGCAAAAUGGGACCUCUGAACCAACCCUGCCCCUCAGAAAUGCCCUGCCUAUUAAAUGAGCUCCCAGAAGGGACAAAAGGACUCAUGAUUCUGCAGUUCUCUAGCCCCAGAAAAGAGUGACAUCUGUUCUGUGGGUUCCAGAAUCGAGACGUGGCAGGGUGUGGUGGCUCACACCUGUAAUCCCAACGCUUUGGGAGGCCAAAGCAGGAGGAUCACUUGAGACCACCAGUUCAAGACCAACCUGGGCAACAU